UCGCGCUUGCUGCCGUGCUGCUCCAACUUCUCUCUUCUCCACGUACGGCAAGCUUAAUCGAAGGAACCGAGUGGAAGGGGUGAGGGGGAUGGUGGCGGUCGCGGAGAAAGGGAUGUCGCCGUACGAGGCGGCGCGGGACAGGACGGUGGAGGAGAACAAGCGCAAGAUGGAGGCGCUCAAUCUGCGCCACCUCUCCGCCGCCAUCAAGGAGGCCCCCAAGACGCCCUCGCCCAUGAAGCAGAAGAGGCGCAGGAUCAUUGAGCAGGCAGUCGUGGCUCCCUCGCCGCCGAGGAGGUCACGGCGCCUGGCUAACCUUCCUGAGGUCAAGUAUGCAGAGAUAGGGCCACCUAAUGCAGAGAGAAUGACAAGGUCUCCUAGAAAACCAACUGACAGCAUCUACUGGGCAACCCGUGGAUCAAUCUCCAUGAAAGCUAGGUUGGAGGCAACAAGAAAAGCCGAGAAGCUAGAAUCGCAACUGGACCCUGCAAUUCCAUCCUUUGUAAAAGCAAUGUUGCAUUCACAUGUCGUGCGAGGAUUUUGGCUGGGUCUCCCUAGCCAUUUCUGUGACACUUACAUGCCAAAACAAGAUUCCAUUGUCACCCUGGUGGAUGAGAAAGAUGAAGAAUUUGAUACCAACUACCUUGCCUACAAGAAGGGGCUAAGUGGUGGCUGGGCUGGUUUUGCUUUAAGCCAUGGAUUGCAGGAUGGAGAUGCAACAGUUUUUCAACUGAUCAAGACUACUACCUUCAAGGUGCAUAUAAUCCGAGCAGCUUCUGAUGAUGACAAUGAGGUAGCUGAGUGACUGCACCAUGCAACAGCUCUACUAACAUAUCAAGUGAUGGAAAAUAGUUCCCGUAAAAAAAAGUGAUGGAAAACAGGAUUUUGGGUAUGCUUUAGGCUUUAUCUAUCAAGAUCAGAUGCACAGUGUUAUGUAUUAUGAAUUUAUGAUUGUAUGCCUAUCAGUGCUGCUAAUGAGAGUGAGGACUGAGGUUCAGAGAUUAGAACUGACAAAAUUCUAGUAAUCAGCUUUUUUUUUUGUCUGGCCUCUGCAUGUUACCUGUCCCAAAGAAAGUUUCAAAACAUGAUGUGUUUUCUCAUUUUUAGAUGGAUUAAGGAAUGAUUCUUUCUCCUAACAAGUAUCCCUAAACUGAUGCCAUCUGAUGCAACAUGUACAGUGAAACUCUA